AUGGCAUGGAAAAGCAGAAGAGUAUACAUAAAAGAGAAAAAUGAAGAGAGCGAGAUGCGGAGAAAAGAGGAGGAGAGGGAAAAAGCAAUGAAAAUGGCAAACAUCGAGUACAAAAAAGAGGAAAGAGGAAAGACAAAGAAAGCGUCAAUCUUAGAGAAACUGCACAAAGAGAACUUGCUGAAAAAAGAAGAAAGAGCCAGAGAAAUAGAAAAAGCCAAAAAAGAAAGACAGGAGAAACAGCAGAAGAAAGAAGGAUGGAGAAAGAAGCUCCAGCAGCGCACAAAAAAAGGACAAAUACCGCUAGACCAUAAAGUUAACUACAUGUUUGAAAAGAUAAAAAAAAUGAAAUCAAAGGAAUAG